CCGCCUCCGCCUCCGCUCACCCCGCCACCCCCUCUCCUCUUGUGAAAAGAAUAUUGUUUAUGCUUAGGGAGUCGGCGAAACGCUGAUUUAUCACAUUUAAUGAUGGAUUACGAAUUUAAAAUAAAAACUUCUAAUGAACGGACAAAAGUCGAAGAUUUAUUUGAGUUUGAGGGUUGUAAAGUGGGAAGAGGAACCUAUGGUCAUGUGUACAAAGCGAAACGGAAAGACUCAACGGAGAAAGAUAAAGACAAUGUUAAGGACUAUGCCUUAAAACAAAUAGAAGGGACUGGACUGUCCAUGUCAGCCUGCCGUGAAAUUGCUCUUUUACGAGAACUGAAGCAUCCAAACGUGAUAAAUUUAAUUAGGGUAUUUUUAUCACACAAUGACAGAAAAGUUUGGCUACUGUUUGACUUUGCUGAACAUGAUCUUUGGCACAUAAUUAAAUUUCACCGAGCUGCAAAAGCAAACAAGAAACCUCUCAUGGUUGCUAAAGGAAUGGUUAAAUCUCUAUUAUAUCAAAUUUUGGAUGGCAUUCAUUAUCUUCAUUCAAAUUGGGUUCUCCACAGGGAUUUGAAACCUGCCAAUAUUUUAGUUAUGGGUGAAGGAAUCGAAAGAGGAAGAGUAAAGAUUGCUGAUAUGGGAUUUGCUCGUCUCUUCAAUGCUCCCCUUAAACCCUUAGCAGAUUUAGACCCAGUUGUUGUGACUUUUUGGUACCGCGCUCCAGAACUUCUACUUGGAGCUAGGCAUUACACAAAGGCUAUUGACAUAUGGGCUAUAGGUUGUAUUUUUGCUGAGCUCCUUACUUCUGAACCAAUAUUUCACUGUAGACAGGAAGACAUUAAAACUAGCAACCCUUAUCAUCAUGAUCAGUUGGAUAGGAUAUUCAAUGUCAUGGGCUUUCCACUGGAGAAAGAAUGGGAAGAUAUUAGGAAAAUGCCUGAACACCCUACUUUAAUAAAGGAUUUCAAAAAGUCAAACUACACUAACUGUUCGCUCAUUAAGUACAUGGACCGUCACAAAAUUAAGCAGGAAAGCAAAGCUUUUCAUUUGCUCCAAAAAUUAUUGUUAAUGGAUCCCACUCGCCGUAUAACAUCAGAACAAGCUAUGCAAGAUCCGUACUUCCUCGAGGAUCCCUUGCCAAAUUCAGAUGUUUUCGCAGGGUGCCCCAUCCCAUACCCUAAGAGGGAGUUCCUUACUGAUGAUGAUCAAGAUGACAAAUCCGAUGCCAACAAACGUCAAAAUCAAGCUGCAAAUGGAAAUCAGGGGCAAGGCGAUCAAUCGAGCCACCAUGGACCAAAUGCUAAGCGAGCUCGGCUAGGGCCCCCACACCCUUCCGUAAGCACUGCGAACACCAUGAGCAGUCAGCAACAGCAGCAGCAACAGCAACAACAACAGCAGCAGCAGCAACAACAGCAACAGCAGCAGCAACAGCAGCAGCAGCAGCAGCAACAACAACAGCAGCAACACCAACAACACCAACAACAGGAUUUUCAUCAUCAACAGCAACAGCAUGUUCAGCAGAGUAUGAUGUAUCAAAGCAGUCAAAACAACCAAGGUCAAGGCUUCCAAAGAUUCUAAAAAAUAUUAAUUUCCAUUUAUUUUGUUAUUUGGCGUCCUUAAACCCAUUUUGAUUAUUUUGUUGUAAUCUGCUGUCCACUUGUAGUUAGUUUUUCUUUUUAUAUAUGAGCGUUUAAUCUACAUUUAACUGAAAGUUCCUUGAUGGUGCUGUCUUAAUGAAAACAUAAAAUUAAUGAUAUAGUACAGUACUUUAUAUUUUCUUAAUGAUUGUAAUUACAAUGAAAAGGAAAAUUAAUUGAAAUUCUUUGGAGCCUAUUCUAAUGAUUGACCAACAAAUUUACAUCAAACUGGUAUUAUUUUUUCACUCUUAUUAAUUUGUUUGUAUGUAAUAUUUGCCUCAAGGGUUGCCACCGUCGUUCCCUGUAGCACUACAUUAUCUAAAACCCUUUUGGCCACUUCAACAUUCUACAAUUCAUUUAUCAGGGGAUUUGAACGCACCAAAUCAAUUAAAUUAUGUUGUGAAUUCAAAAGAACCGCAGAACUACAACUCUGUAAGGUUUUUAAAUUAAAUUUUUAUUUUUACCUCUGUAUCUUUGGGAAAUAUUUUAUAGUUAAAAGUUUCAGCAUUCUCUUGGGUGUUUAGGAUGCUGUCUCACAUUUCAUUGUUUUCAGAUAAGUUACUAUAUAUUUUUUGAAUAUGUUUCUGAGGACAGAUUUUUAAAAGUAAAUUAAGUGAAGAAGUCCGUAUUCUCUUUCUGUUUUUUGUUCUUAAUUCAAGCUACUUUGAGAAAAACUUGUUUUUCACUUAGUUUGGUCUUCUUAGAAUUUCAGAAUGAAUAGUUCAGUUCCAGGUUAAAUCAUUGGCUUCUGUGGCAUUUCACUUACAGUAAAACUGCUUGUGACUAUCCAGUGUAAUAAAUUUCGACUUACUGUUCAGGCCUAAUGCUGCUUGUUUACAUUUUGAUUAAGUCAGUGUCUCAGGCGGCGUUACUUAAAACAAUUGAUGAUGAAGUCCAUGCCUUACCAAUGUGUGCGCCCAACUGCGAUUGGAGAGAUGAAUUUUCAUUUGCUUGUAGCUAGUUUUCUCAUUAACAUAUUGGACUCUUUGUGAUGGGGUGGGUAUUAUUAGAGCAAAGAAGCAAGAAGUAC